AUGAAUCCCAUCCGCCCCACCCAAUCCGUCCGCACCCUGAGCGAGUCCUCCACUCUAGCCGAAACGCCCUCCGCGCCCACCUCUCCCGAUGUGGCAGCAGCGCCAACGUCCUACUUCGCCACGCGCCGCGUCUCCUCGCCGACCGAACAGUCCUUCUUCGGCGCCAUCGCAGAAAAAGUCCGCGGUCGCUCCCGGAGCCGCUCUCGCAGCCGGAUCCGACGCGACCGCUCGCGCUCCCCGCUUCCUCCCACGCAAAUCGAUGCCACCGACUCGGCGUCUACGUUGGUCGCGAAUGGUUAUGUGCAUGAGCAGAGUGCCGCGACGCGGCAGCAGCAAAGGCAGGCGUCUGGCUCCAAUCAGCCGGGUCUAAGCCAAAGGCAGACGAGCUUUGGGAGCAGGACUGAGAGCGAGAGGUAUUAUUACGGCAGACACAGCAACGACUGGUUGUUUGGGGGCAUCAGUGUCACGGCUACGGUUAAGGGGCUGGUGAGCAAGAAGGAGCCUGGGUCAUAG